AUGGGGUUGGGGACAGGUCCCUCCAACAUCCUCAUAAAAAUAGCAGAAGCUGUACACAUCAGGACCAAACAACCAGACCUGAACAGACAGGGGGGGUAUGAUUUACCAGCUAUCUACCUCACGGUGCUCCAGAGGGAUGCAGAGGAGCCCCGGGGGGAGCAAGUAACAGUUACAACACAAGAUAUAGAUGAAUGUGCAAGUUCUCCAUGUUCUAAUGGCACUGAACAGUGUAUUGAUCGGGAAAAUGGCUUUGUCUGUGAAUGCUCCCCUGGGUAUUCAGGGGUUUUCUGUGAAAUAGAUAUAAACGAGUGUUCAUCGUCCCCAUGUCUCAAUGGAGGGACAUGCAAGGACGAGGUGAACAAGUUUACCUGUGUGUGCCUGCCAGGGUAUGCUGGGAGGAGGUGUGAGAUAGAUAUAGAUGAGUGUUACUGGACCCAGUGUGAGAACAAUGGCACUUGUACAGACUUCAUCAAUGGAUACCAGUGUCACUGUAUUCCAUACACUACUGGGAGGCAUUGUCAAUACAGUAUGUAA